AUCUCUAAGUGCAUGUGCAGGCUGCAGGAGUGGAGAGAUGUGACUUUCACACUUUCCCUCGCUUAGUGCGUGCUCUCCGGGUCUCAGUUUCGCAAGUGACAUGUUGGAUUUGUAAAUUAAAACGAAGACAAGUGCCAUCGUCGCGAGUGAGUCCAACAUGGGAUUACGCAUUGGCAUGCCGCUUUACGCAUUCGCGUGCGUCUAUUUAUUUGUGUUGACCCUUCGAGGUGCGCGUUGCCAGAGGCACCCGGCGUCCCCCCAAGGGAAUAACCCCGGAGCCGCUCCCAGGCAGACACUACAGUGGUCUCACAACGGCAACAUUUUCAGCAUUUUAAGCCACGGCGCCGAGUACCAACCGGCGAGGCGUCGAGGCGCACCGCAGGAGCAAGUGCAGCGCAGACCGAUCACCAUCAUCAGCGACGCCAAGCAGCGGGCGCCGGACACCCCGCAGCAGCUCCACGCUGCCCGACCGGGCUCCGAGGCGCUUCCGCCUGCGCGCCAGCGACUGGUAAGAGGCAGGCAGCACCAACAGGUCCAGGUCCCGGUCCAGGACCACCCGAGCGAGCGGAGUAACGGCACUCAGGCCAAGGUGACCGUGAGCCCUCCUCAGCCCAGGAGGGAGGAUGUGAUGGUCGCUGACGACCCCUACGACCCCUCCAAGUCCUACGAUAUGGACCCCGACAACCCUUAUUACAAUCACUACGACGUGUACGAGAGACCCAGGUCCAGAUCGUCCAGACCGGGAUAUGGCACAAGGUACCAUCAGUACGGUCUUCCAGACCUGGUGCUUGACCCAUACUACAUUCAGACCGCUGCUUACGUGCAGAGCACCCCCAUGUACAACCUCAGAUGCGCAUCUGAGGAGAACUGUUUGUCAAGCACGGCCUACUUGGCCCGAGACUAUGACACCCGAAUGCUGCUGCGCUUCCCCCAGAGAGUCAAGAACCAGGGCACGGCUGACUUCCGGCCCAGCAGGCCGCGCUACUCCUGGGAAUGGCACAGUUGUCACCAGCACUUUCACAGCAUGGAUGAGUUCAGUCGCUACGAGCUGCUGGACUCCACCACGCACCGUUCGGUCGCCGAGGGCCACAAAGUCAGCUUCUGCCUGGAAGACACGUCCUGCGACUACGGCUACUACAGGCGCUACGCUUGUACCUCACACACUCAGGGCCUGAGUCCUGGAUGUUACGACACCUACAAUGCAGACAUCGACUGCCAGUGGAUUGACAUCACGGACGUGAAACCGGGGAAUUAUGUUCUCAAGGUCAGCGUGAAUCCUUCCUAUCAGGUGCCAGAGGAAGACUACACCAACAACAUCGUGCGUUGUGAAGUCCGCUACACGGGCAACUACGCUUACCUGUCCGGUUGUCACCUGGCAACGUAUUAAUGGAGGAGAAUCGUUCACAGCAUCUCAAUUGUGAAGCUGACAUUGAGGAUGACUGCAUAUGAACAUCUUUACAACACAAGGAGUCCUUGUUUAACACCGUUUGAUACUCCUAGUUUAUAUAGUUUAGGUAUAAGUAGAAAUAUUUUUCAUUGCAUGCCACGUCCCUUCAGUAAUGGUUUUCUUAUUAUUUCAUAUUUUAUUAUUUACUUUUAAUCUUUCUUUUCUUCCCUGUGAAGUAUCAUAAUAAAAUCAUUAACAUCUAUAAAAAUGACAACUGAUUACAAAUAAUUCAAUUACUGUACAUGACUUAUUUUUAAUUUACGAUAAAAUUGUACAAGAUGUGUUGUUUUUUUAAUGGCAAAAUUUUGUCAUUACUAAUCUUAUUUGAAUAAAUGUUUGUGGUAAUGUAUCAUUUGCAAGAAAGAUCCAUUUGAAGUGA